AUAGAUAUAGAUUUUCGCACAGACUCUCUCUGUCUCUCUCUCUCUUCCACUUCAGCUGUAACCGAGAGACUUCAUGGCUGGGUUGACGGAGACGACGAUUCCGUGCAGAAUUCUGGAGGAGGAAGGCUUAUCUUCUUCUUCCAGUCCAACGGAUGCGGUGAUAUUCGUAGGGCUGUGUUUGGUUGCGGGAAUCGCUUGCCGCCAUGUCUUUCAAGGAACCAGAGUUCCUUACACCGUCGCUUUGCUCGUAUUCGGCAUUGCUCUUGGAUCCUUAGAGUAUGGUACACAUCAUAAAUUGGGCAAGAUUGGGGAUGGCAUACGUCUUUGGGCAAAUAUUGAUCCUGACCUUCUAUUGGCUGUUUUUCUUCCUGCCCUUCUUUUUGAAAGUUCAUUUUCACUGGAAGUGCACCAAAUAAAGAGGUGCAUGGUACAAAUGUUUAUGCUAGCUGGCCCGGGUGUAGUUAUGUCGACCUUCUUACUUGGAUCCGCUUUGAAGUUCACUUUCCCUUAUGACUGGAAUUGGAAAACGUCAUUGUUGCUUGGAGGUCUUCUAAGUGCUACUGAUCCUGUAGCUGUUGUUGCUCUAUUAAAAGAGCUUGGUGCAAGCAAAAAACUGACCACUAUAAUUGAUGGGGAAUCCCUGAUGAAUGACGGGGCAGCGAUCGUAAUUUAUCAGCUGCUCUUGCAGAUGGUCUUGGGAAAGAGCUUUGAUUGGGGUGCCAUAAUUAAGUUUCUAAUCCAAGCCUCUCUUGGAGCUGUAGGCAUUGGUCUGGCAUUUGGGAUAGCGUCUGUUCUGUGGCUUCGAUUUGUUUUCAAUGACACUGUGAUAGAGAUUACUCUUACUUUGGCUGUGAGCUACAUUGCCUAUUUCACUGCACAAGAAUGGGCUGGUGCAUCUGGCAUUUUGACAGUCAUGACGCUGGGGAUGUUCUACGCUGCAGUUGCUAGGACAGCUUUUAAAGGUGAUGGUCUUCAAAGCUUGCAUCAUUUUUGGGAAAUGGUUGCUUAUAUUGCUAAUACAGUGAUUUUCAUCUUAAGUGGAGUUGUUAUAGCUGAAGGUGCUCUUGUCCAUGUCAUCCUCCAAAAUGGGAAUUCAUGGGCAUAUGUCGUUCUUCUGUAUGUUUAUGUACAAGUUUGCCGGCUAGUUGUUAUUGGAGUAUUAUUCCCCUUGCUUCGGUAUUUUGGCUAUGGCUUGGAUUGGAAAGAGGCUACAAUACUCACAUGGUCUGGUUUGCGAGGGGCCGUUUCAUUGUCUCUUUCACUAUCAGUCAAGCGUUCAAGUGGUGGACCAUCACUUCUAGGUUCUGAAACCGGAACUCUUUUCGUUUUCUUCACUGGUGGAAUUGUCUUCUUGACGCUUCUUUUGAACGGCUCAACUGCACAAUUCAUUUUACAGCUUCUAGAUAUGGAUAAGCUAUCAGCAGCAAAGAGGCGCAUAGUGGACUACACAAAGCAUGAAAUGUUGAACAAAGCAUUGGAGGCUUUUGGUAAUCUUGGAGAUGAUGAGGAACUGGGUCCAGCUGACUGGUCCACUGUUAAAAGAUAUAUUGCAAGCUUAAAUAAUGUGGAAGGGGAAUGCGAACACCCUCAUAAUGCACCUAAUGGUGAUAAUAAUCUGGACCAUAUGAAUCUGAAGGAUAUACGCAUACGCCUUCUGAAUGGUGUCCAAGCUGCUUACUGGAGGAUGAUUGAUGAGGGGAGGAUUACACGGUCUACUGUGAAUCUUUUAAUGCAAUCAGUGGAUGAAGCACUUGACUUGGCUUCGGAUAAGCCUUUAUGUGACUGGAAAGGCUUAAGAGAUCAUGUCCAUUUCCCAAAUUAUUACAGGUUUCUUCAAACAAGUAUCUGCCCUCAAAAGUUUGUCACAUAUUUCACAGUGACAAGGUUGGAAUCUGCAUGUUAUAUAUGUGCUGCCUUUCUUCAUGCCCAUAGAAUUGCAAGACAGCAACUUCAUGACUUUAUAGGUGAGAGUGAUGUUGCUUCUAUCGUCAUCGAUGAAAGUGAGGCUGAAGGAGAAGAAGCAAGAACAUUUUUGGAUGAUGUGUCAUUUCCUCAGGUUUUGCAUAUUGUUAAAACAAGACAAGUAGCAUACUCACUGCUGAAUCAUUUAAUUGAUUAUCUUCAAAACCUUGAGAAGGUUGGCCUAUUGGAAAAAAAAGAGAUGCUUCAUCUUCAUGAUGCUGUUCAGACUGACUUGAAAAAGCUUCUAAGAAAUCCUCCUUCUGUAAAGAUUCCAAAAUUCAGUGAUAUGUAUGGUGUCCAUCCUUUGAUGGGAGCACUUCCUUCUUCUGUUCAUGAACCACUAGAAGGUUCUACCAAAGAAGUAAUGAAAUUCCGUGGCAUGACACUUUAUAGGGAGGGAUCCAAGCCUAAUGGUAUUUGGCUUAUUUCCAAUGGGGUAGUAAAGUGGAUGAGUAAGAGCUUAAAAAGCAAGCAUUCAUUGCAUCCAACUUUUACUCAUGGGAGUACUUUGGGCCUAUAUGAAGUGCUAACUGGAAAGCCAUAUCUCUGUGACAUGAUAACAGAUUCUGUCGUUCUCUGUUUCUAUAUUGAAAACAAGAUACUUCCAGCGCUAAGAUCUGAUCCUUCAGUAGAAAACUUCUUGUGGCAGGAAAGUGCUAUUAUUCUUGCCAAACUGUUGCUUCCUCAAGUAUUUGAGAAAAUGGGAAUGCAAGAUUUAAGAGCUCUUGUUGUGGAAAGGUCAAUCAUGACCUUAUACAUAAGGGGAGAAUCCAUAGAAGUUCCUUACCAUUCCAUUGGCAUUUUAUUAGAAGGAUUCAUCAAAACCCGAGGUCUCCAAGAAGAACUAAUUACAUGACCUGCAGCUCUCUUGCCACCACACAUGCAUCAAAGCUCUCAAAAUCUGGAAACAAUAGUUUCUAGAGGAGCCAGUUUUUCGCACCAAAAUUCAUUUUAUCUAGUUGAAGCAAGAGCAAGAGUGAUCAUUUUUGACAUUGCAGCAUUUUAAUCUGAUAGAAAACUCCAAUGGUAAUCUUCAUUGUUACCGCAUUCGGCAGACCUGCAUAGACCUUUUAACAAAGAACAUGGUGGUCUUAUGAGUUGGUCUGAAAAAUUUAACGAGGCCAGGCAACAAAAUGAGAACUCAGAAGCAGUUGACCACCAACAAGCUAACAGCUUGUCUGCUAGGGAAAUUCAAUUGAGCAUUUGCGGCAGCAUGGUGUUUUCAGUUUAUCUAUCUUAAUUGUGCCACUAUAUAACUAGACGGAAUGGAAUAAUCAUGUGAUCAUACAAUUUAAUUUUUAUAGCAGCUUUACAUCAAUACUCAAUAGCCCUUUAGAGUUUUGUUUUUGUUAGUCAUUAUUGAUUUCAAGCAGCCUAUGUCCUUGGCACCUCAUUUUCCAUUGCACUUCUAUUUUUUUGGUUCAGUUUCUUCUUGCAUCCCCAUUUUUUCAGUGGGAUUCGUUCUUUAGUUUCAAUUGUAGCUUCGAUUCUCUUAGCUCCUUUUUGGGGAACAUACUCCCUUUGUUAUUUCAUUAUACAAGGUGGAAAUUCGUAGAUGUGCUUGAAGAUUUCCACGUCGUAGCUCCAUUCAGCCAUCUCACAGUGAAUGUUGCUGACCGGUUGUUCUGUUUUAUCGUAAGGGUCUGCUUCUGUGAGAAAAAACGCAGCAGCAAGAAAAUUCUCAGCAACAAAUACUUCGGCACCACUGCAAGACACAAAGCUGAAAGAGAGUGAAGCAGUUGAUGCUUCCAGUGAUGAAUCUGGUGUUGAGGACAAACUCAUAGUGAGAAUUAAUUCACCAAAGAGGUUUUCUUUUCGUCAGGCUUCUUGGAAGUAUAAGUUUCUUUUAGUCUGUCAAUCCAUGAAAACCAAAAUUGUGAUUUACAUUUUUGUGACAUAUGUUGUUUGUAUUAUCUAGUGUUUGUAAAACGUCGGCAAAAGCAGGGAAAAAAUACCUGCUUGGUUUGAUUAAAUUAAGUAAUGUGCAAUAUGAUUGCUUAAUAAAAGUUUUCUAGUCCGCCUCCUUCAUAACUUAAA